UAAACGUGCGGAGCUGACGUCCUCCUUGCGCGCGUCUGUCAAAAAAUAUCUGCCACAUAAAUUUAUCCGGCUAACGCUUCACCUACUUGUAAAGAUUAUAUAGCUUUCGGUUCAUGACCGGAUAAAAUUUGUCCGGUGAUAACAACGGUUGUACUAAUUGCCGCAUUCGUUCCGUUAGCGGAAAUUCAAGCAUUACGUGCCAGUCCAUAAAUUGGAUUAGCGCUAAGUAAAGCCACCAGUGAAUGAUAGUUCAGCAAACUUGCUAGCUAGCUAAACGGACUGUCAGGAGUGAAGACAGGAGAGUAUGUAUUAAUUUAUCUGCUUCUGACAAACUUUUUUCCGGCCAAUUCAAGACACGAAUGGUAAUGUAAUAGACAAUUCAGCGUGUCGUUCUGCACCAUUUGGGGUGUGUAUUAACGUUCAGUCAUUGCUAGGUUGACGUCUUUGAUUACUACCAGCUAGUGUAGAAGUCAUUAGGCUAAUAACAUGGAUAGUUACAGUCAGCGGUUUGAAUCCGGACGAGACAGUAAAUCUCAAAAGAAGAAAGGUUCUUCCCACCACAGCACGGCAUGCUACGAUGAAGGAGACCGUAAACCAAAGUUUCACUUACCCUUUAAAAACAUCACAGAUGAUGUGCUGGACAGAUUUGCAAGUAUUCGCAUCCCAGGUAGUAAGAAGGAGCGGCCACCCUUAUCGCACUCUAAACACAAUACUAAUGACUGGUCUAUUUCUUCAUCAUCCACCUCACAUCAUUUUGAGGAACUGUCAUCAAAGAUCACCUCGGAAAAAGAGAUCUUGGCUCUGUUUGAAAAGAUGAUGGAGGACAUGAACUUGAAUGAGGAAAAAAAGACUCCUCUGAGAGAAAAGGACCUCAACACAAAGAGAGAAAUGGUCAUCCAGUAUAUUUUUACUGCCUCGAAAACUGGCACCUUGAGAAACAGCCAUCAGAUAUCUCCCCAGGAAUUCCUGGGAGAGCUGAAGUCAGGGGUGAUGGACGAACGUCUGUUUGCCUGUCUGGACUCAUUGCGUGUGUCCCUUACCAGCAACCCUGUCAGUUGGGUGCAGAGUUUCGGGCAUGAGGGUCUUGGACUGCUGCUGGACAUUUUGGAGAGGUUGCUGUUCAAGAAACAGCAAGAGAAGAUUGACAAGAAGAACCAACAUAAAGUUGUCCAAUGUCUCAAAGCCUUCAUGAACAACAAGUACGGCUUGGAUCGAAUCCUGGGGGAGGAGAAAAGUCUUGCUUUACUGGCAAGAGCCAUUGAUCCCACCCAGUCUGCCAUGAUGACUGACGUGGUAAAGCUGCUGUCAGCCAUCUGUAUUGUGGGCGAAGAGAACACUUUGGAGAAGGUCCUUGAGGCCAUCUCCACAGCAGGCGAAUGGCGAGCCAUUGAGAGAUUCAGUCCAAUUGUGCAAGGACUACGUGAUCGCUCGGUUCAAUUACAAGUGGCAUGCAUGCAGCUCAUCAAUGCACUGGUAACAUCUCCUGAUGAGCUGGACUUCAGGCUGCACAUCAGAAAUGAAUUUAUGCGCUGUGGCCUGAAAGAGAUAUUGCCGCAACUGACAACCAUCAGGAAUGAGGCGCUUGACAUUCAGCUAAAGGUAUUUGUUGAGCACAAAGAAGAGGACAUGAUCGAGUUCUCUCAUAGGCUGGAGGACAUCAAGAGCGAGCUGGAUGAUGCAGGGGAUGUAUUCAGUAUUGUGCAGAGCAUGGUGAAGGACAGCAGUGCAGAGCCCUAUUUCCUCUCCAUACUGCAGCACCUGAUGCUUAUACGCAAUGACUACUUGGUCAGGCCCCAGUACUUUAAGAUCAUUGAGGAGUGUGUGUCUCAGAUUGUGCUCCAUCGUAGUGGCACUGACCCAGACUUCAGUUACCGCAAGCGCCUAGAUGUGGACUUCAGUCACCUCUUAGAGGUGUGUGUGGAUAAAGCUCGAAUUGAUGAGUAUGAACAAAGAGCUUCUGAGCUGGCACAGAAGUUUGAUGAGGAGUUUGUAGGCAGACAGGAGGCACAAGCUCAGCUGGUUCAAUGUGAAGAAAAACUAGCUGAACUUCAAGCAGAGCUGCAGGCCUUCAGGUCCCAGUUUGGAGCUGUACCUGCGAAUCUGUCCUCUGCUCAUGUUCGACAGUCGUUAUCUUCUUCAUCUUUCCCACCUGGGCCACAUCCCCCAGCUCCAGCUCCUGGGUUACCAACUCCCCCUCCUCCACCUCCUCCACCUCCCUUACCUGGCUGUCCUGCUCCACCUCCUCCACCUGGAGUGCCUCCACCAUUUGGUGCCCCCCCCCCACCCCCUCUAGGAUUUGGGGGUGCUCUAGGCUCCCCUACCCACAAUGCCCUGCCUUAUGGCCUCAGGCCUAAAAAGGAAUUCAAGCCGGAGACCUCCAUGAAGCGCCUCAACUGGUCCAAAAUUCGUCCCCAGGAAAUGUCAGAGGGCUGUUUCUGGGUGCGGGCUGAUGAGGACCAAUAUGCAAAACCAGAAUUACUGAGCAAAGUUGCUCUCACUUUUGGUUCGCAAAGAACAGCCAAAAAAGAAGAAGAGGAUCUGGAGGAUAAGAAAUCCAUAAAGAAGAGAAUUAAAGAGCUCAAGGUGCUCGAUCCCAAGAUUGCACAGAAUCUAUCCAUCUUCCUGGGUUCAUUCCGUAUGCCUUAUCAGGAGAUUCGUCGUAUGAUUGUGGAGGUGGAUGAAGAGCAACUCACUGAACCUAUGAUCCAGAACCUUGUAAAACAUCUGCCAGAGCAGGAGCAGCUGAAUGCCUUGGCCAAGUAUAAAAAUGAGUACGCAAAUUUGUCAGAGCCUGAACAGUUUGGGGUUGUGAUGAGCAGUGUGAAGCGGCUGCGUCCUCGCCUCAGCCAUAUCCUCUUCCGGUUGCAGUUUGAGGAGCAGGUAAACAACCUGCGUCCAGAUAUCCUGGCUGUAAAUGCCGCCUGUGAUGAGGUCAGGAAGAGCCGUUCCUUUGGCCGCUUGCUGGAGCUGGUGCUGCUGCUGGGGAAUUACAUGAAUGCCGGCUCACGAAACGCCCAGUCUUAUGGCUUUGACCUCAGUUCCCUCUGCAAGCUAAAGGACACGAAGUCAGCGGACCAGAAGACCACAUUACUCCACUUCCUGGCGCAAGUAUGUGAGGAUGAAUUCCCAGACGUGAUCAAGUUUGUUGACGACCUAGAGCAUGUUGACCGAGCUAGCAGAGUGUCUGCAGAGAAUCUGGAGAAGAGCCUCAGGCAGAUGGAGAGGCAGCUGGUGCAGCUGGAGAGAGACUUGGAGACUUUCUCCUCCCCCGAUGACCCCAACGACAUGUUCUUCACAAAAAUGGCUAGCUUCAGCAAGAUUGCACGGGAGCAGUAUGCCAAGCUGGUGAUCAUGCAUAGCAAUAUGGAGACGCUGUACCAGAACAUGCUGGAGUACUUUGCAGUUGAUCCCAAGAAGACCUCUGUGGAGGAGUUGUUCACUGAUCUCAGCAACUUUCGUUCCAUGUUCACUCAAGCACUGAAGGAGAACCUGAAGCAGAGGGAGUCAGAGGAGAAACAGAGGAGAGCACGGGCGGCAAAGGAGAAGGCUGAGCGUGAAAAGCAGGAGAGACAGCAGAAGAAGAGGAGGUUGCUUGAAGUCAAUGCAGAGAAUGAUGAGACAGGUGUGAUGGAUAGUUUGCUGGAAGCCCUACAGUCAGGAGCUGCGUUCAGAGACCGCAGGAAGAGAGCGCCAAGACCUAGAGAUAACCAGCAGCAGAUGAUCAGCCCCAGCUCCUACCGCCAGGUUCUCAGGCCUGUUAACCAUGAAAACAAGACACCUUUGCAAAGGUCUCGCUCUCGGCAGAAUAUAAAUGCGGGUUCAGCAGCGGUGAAAGCUCCCCCUGCCAAGGAGGCCCAUAACGAGUCUGAGGGCCAACCAUCUGCAGCCAGGGUGAAGGCUGUGGUGUGUUCGGACUCAGGCCACAGGUAUAGGAACGCCCCAAGUCACAGCUAUGGGCUGGACAGGGAGAGGGUGGUGGAGAGGGAGAUGGUUAAACUGACUGAGAAAGAGAUGGAGGUUGGGGCAGAGUCUCUGGCCUUCCAGCCUUCCUCCAGUGGCGCUGCAGUCAGCAGCUGCAGCACCAAUGGAGAGUCAGAUGUAGAGGCUCUCCUCGCCAAACUCAGGGCCUUAUGAGGUUCAUUUCUUAUCUCAGAAACAACAUAUAUGUAAAGCAUACGGAGUGUUUGUAUGCACACAUCUAAACUUGCUCUGAAUGUGACAUAAAAGAUUUCAGCUAAUUUUGUAAACAAGAAAAGAACUAGGUAAAGGCGUAAAUUUCAGGGCAAUUAAAUUACAAGUAUUAACAUUAAGUAAGGAAUAAAGUACCUUAUAAAGUUUCAUAAAAUACAUUCGUAUAAAUCUAUUAAUAAUUUUGAAGACCAACACUCUAUGGUACAAAGAUAAAAAAUCCUUUUCUAAAAGAAAAGUUCAAAAAAAGCUGCUCAUACUUGGAAUGUCCUCAGAGGUUCAUGAAAUGGAGACUCAAAACAAAGACUUACAAAAGGUCUGGUUUGAUGGAAAUGCUAAAAUAAAUAAACGCCAAAUAGAUUCAUCAGUCUCUACCUGAUCUUGCAAAGUGCACUGCCAAACAUGUUUGGCUAUCAUUUUAUAUAUUCUUAACAAUGGAAAUAUAACUUAUAGCAUUUUCUCUGAAAGUAAAAGAUGGAAUGUUACUAAGCACUUAGUGUGUAAUCCAAAGGUAUGCAAUAUUAAAUAAAAAGUAUAUCACAUUUUCUUUUACAUUGAUAUUCCCAUUAUACUUCCAACAUUUAUUUUAAACAUUUAUCACGUCUUAUCCUACCUUAAUUUUAGUUUUUAAUUCCACAUUUGUUACGUUCAUGUGUAUGUUAUUAGUCAUGUACCAUUAAAAAGAGUUUAUAUCUGCAUUUAUUACUUUUGGUAUAACUAUUUUCUAUAUGUUUCUCUGUCUUUUUUCUCCUUUGAGUCUUUUUCAUUCCUUUCAUUUUGUUGUAUUCUCUAUAAAAUGUUAUCUGCAGUCUGUAAAACUAUACAUUUAUACACACAUGAGAUAAAUACAUAUGAGUCACAGGAUAUAACAGUAAUUAAAUAUAAUUUGACAAGUUGAUUGUUGAUUGUGCUGGACUGUUUUGUCACUGUGUGUGUGACAAGUGUUUAAAAUAUGGCUCAAAGGAAACAAGUUCAUCCAGCCACAGUUUGACCAGAACUGAUGCUGUUCUCCUACAUCCCUGCUGUAAUCACUCAUAUCUUAAGAAUAUUUGUUUUAUCUCUACUCAUAUCAUUUACUUUUAUAGACCAAUUUACAAUAAAAUAAGGCAAAAAGUG